AUGCACAUCCCUCACUCUGUCUUCUCACAGCAUCAACUUGAUCUCUUGAUGUGGCUACUACACAUCAAUGGCAUUCAAGAUGUACCAUCUGUUAGAACAAUGAAGACUCUUGAAGAUGGCCUUCAAAAAAUCUGUGGUAUUGAAACUUUGCCUUUCACUGGUGCUUUUGGGCACCAAUAUUAUAUGAAUUCAUUUUCAGACAUUAUCAGGCAGGAGAUGGCUAACCCACAUAUUCAACCACAACUUCACUUCUACCCAGAAAAUUCAGGGGGACAGUUGAAUGAGGCAUACCAGGCCAGAAGGUGGUUAAAAGAAAUGGAUCCAACACAGCUGACUCCUAUGAUUCACCUUCAUGGUCAAGAUUUUUUCAUAUUUGAGCCAGCCCUUUUGUCAAAUGGGCAGGGUUGGGUAGGCCGGACUGUGAAGGUGGGGUUGGCCUAUGUCACAGGAUGA